GAUUGUCAAUGACUACACCUAAUAGGGUUUAAUAUGUUAUACGUACAUGGUGAAUUAACCUGUUCAAAAUAAUCUACCUGACUGCAACUGAUUGUAAUUGACAGUGCAAAAUCCUUGCUGAAGGUAACAAGAGAUUAAUAAAACUAAUGAUUUCAUACUGGUCAAUAUAAGGUUCAACGUUUGCCAUAAAUAAAUUAUUAAUCUUGCCGGAACAAUGACCGCUGUACAUUCAUCAGUUCAUCCGAAAACCUGUAAGCUGCCGUGGGGAACCAUUCUAAAACCAGAGUUUGGAUUAGGUUACCAAAAAAUGAAUGAGUAUGAAAUCGACCAGACGGUCAACAGAUUGAGUCAACUACCCGCGCCUAAAACAAGACCUUACUCUCGGGUUGGUAAACAGAUGGAUCAGGAUGAAAUUAAUGAAAUGCUUGAAAGACUUACGAAAGUGAAAAAAGAGAAAAUUCCCGACCACGAUAGAAGAAUGACGUCAUCACCUUACAGACAAAUGGGCGUGGUUAAUUCAUACGCUUGGAAAGGAUUCAAUUGAUGCUAUAUUAUCGAAAAUAAUUUUAAAAAGUUGAGAAAACUCUUCUGUUGAUAUGACACAAAAAAGUCGUUGUCAGGAGUUGAAGAUCUAGUUAUAUAUACAGAUGUGGUAUCUUUUUUUUUUUUAUUGAUUUUUGGAUAUCGUUUUAAGCCACAAUAUAUUCACUUCUGAUAAAAAGACUUUCUAAGGUAAAACAAUAAAUACCAAGUUUAGAUUUUUAAUUUUAAUGCAUACAUCUUGAAAUCUUUCAAUAUUAUAAUUGUUUAGGGUUUUAUCAAUCAUAAACUGUAUAGAUCACAGCCACCAUACGCAUUAUGUCUUCAUUAUUGGUGCAGAAUAUUACAGCUUCUAAAACAUUUUUUCCAAGGUUAUAUAGGUUAUCAUUAUACAGAAUACCGUUUGAACCGGUGCUAGGGGGCAUGAAAGAUGUAUACUAUUACCUCUUUUCAGAAGACUUAAUAAAAGCGAGUCUCCAAUUUUCUACUACAUGCAUCUGUUUGUGUUUUCAUAUCUCACGCGGGAUCUUCCCCUUUUUCAUUUUUUUACGUUUAAUCAUAAUCGCUUAGUAAUUUAUGUAAAUAUUGUAUACAUGUUUGGCACAAUUAUCCCUUUGGAGAUGUAUUUUCGGUCACUGUUUACACUUUUUUUGUGAUUUUAUUUCAUUAUAUUUGUUGUUUCAAAUAAAUAUAUCAAGCAUGUCAAAUCAGCAGAUUUUACUAUACUUCAUAUGAAGUUUAUUGAUGUUCAUCACAAAAUGAUUAAGACCUUAACUUAAAUCUUGAAAAAAAUGCCUUUUAAGGAAUUCUGCCAAAUAAAAUUUUAUACACAUUAUUUUUUAGAAACUUGUCACUGCACUAUGAAAAUCUGUUGUGUAUACAGUAAACUUCACUUAAAGCGAACACGGUUAUAGCGAACAUUUGCCCUUCUUUAUUUAAUAUAAAAUAUACGGUUAUAGCGAACCCGGUUAUAAGGAAUUAUCGACUCAUCAUGCAUAUACGAGUAUAUGAUUAAAUAUU